AUGGCGGACGAUCAAAGUACCGGCCGGUGUAUCUCUGCUUGUACACUGACAGUGUUUAAUAGUUAUAUUUUUAUUACAUCUGAGAGUCUGUGGGAGUUUGAAAGGACAUAGCUUUCAAAUAUGAAACUGAUCGCAAAGAAUUUCGAGAAAGACAGUUCUGGAUCAGUUGUCCUUGUCCCAGAUGAGGCUGAAGAUAUGUGGCAUGCAUAUAACCUAAUAGCAGUUGGCGAUCACCUUAGAUCAACUACUAUCAGGCGAGUACAAACAGAGUCAGCAACAGGAUCAGUCAGCAGCAAUAAAGUUCGAACAACUCUUUGCAUUGCUGUAGCAAGAGUUGAAUUUGAUACCCAAGCAUGUAUGUUGAGGAUUAAUGGACGUAAUGUGCAAGAAAAUCAGUACGUUAAGAUGGGGGCUUACCAUACAAUAGACUUGGAGUUGAAUAGAAAGUUCACUCUUAUCAAAGAGUACUGGGACAUCAUCGCUCUAGAAAGAGUUGAAAUGGCUUGUGACCCAGCACAGCAUGCUGAUCUAGGAGCCAUUUUACUUCAUGAAGGUCUAUGCCAUAUCUGCCUAGUAACAUCAAGUAUGACCAUUGUUAGAGCAAAGAUUGACAUGAAUAUUCCACGAAAAAGAAAAGGAUUCUGUGGCCAACAUGACAAGGGUUUGUUUAAGUUUUAUGAUGCUAUAAUCCAGGGUAUUCUCAGGCAUAUUAAUUUUGAAGUCAUCAAGUGCAUUCUUGUUGCUAGUCCUGGCUUUGUCAAGGAUCAGUUUUGUGAUUAUAUGUUCCAACAAGCUGUAAAGAAUGAUUGGAAAGCAAUCAUUGAUAACAAAUCAAAAUUUCUCUUGGCUCACUCAUCAUCGGGUCACAAACAUUCGCUCAAAGAAGUUCUGGCGGAUCCUACUGUCACUGCAAGACUUGCAGACACCAAGGCAUCAAGCGAAGUAAAAGCUUUGGAUAAUUUCUUCACAAUGUUACAUACAGAACCCGACAGAGCUUAUUAUGGCGUUACACAUGUGGAGAAGGCCAAUGAAGCUUUGGCAAUCGAAACGCUGCUUGUCACUGAUGAACUUUUCAGGUCGACAGAUUUGCCAACUCGUAAAAGAUAUGUCAAGCUUGUUGAAAGUGUUAAAGAAAAUGGCGGCGAAGUCAGGGUUUUUUCAAGUCUACAUGUUUCUGGAGAACAGCUUGGCCAGUUGUCCGGUGUUGCGGCAAUCUUGCGCUUCCCCAUGCCGGACAUCGCUGAUGAUGAAGGCUCCGCUGAUUCUGAGGAGGAUUAGUGAACUAUGUACAUACAUUUCUCAAAACUGGAUUUAGAGCGCUUUUCCAUUGAGUGUCGAAAAACCAAAAACUUAGUUAUCACGGCGACCUAUAUCACAAGGAGCCAAUGAGAACUCAAAGCUACCUCAAGCGCGGGAAACGUCAGUGACCAGGACGCGAUUGGUUUUAGAUUUGUAUCUGAUUGGCUGAGGGAACUGCGUGAGUUGUGUAGACCAAUCACGUUGCGAAGUAAAGAAAAUUAAUCUCAUCCUUGUUAACUUUCGACGCCUAAUUGAAACUCGUUCUGAAACACCCAAAUAUUUAACAGGAUAUAGUUAACAAUAUAAUUAUCCAAAACUCAGGGAGACAAUAUUUUUAAAACGUGAUCUAAGAUUAGCAAAUUCCCGUCUAUGUUAAACGAGCUUUUAUCCCACCUGAUCAACGUUUGUGAUAUCGUUACAAAAAGUUGUGGUCGUGCAUCAUGACAAAGUACACUUCUAGUGUGGUGCAUUAUCACUUUUCUCUCGAUGUAGUCCAUACCGAUGUAGAUCGCCUCGUCAACCUCAUUCCCAGGUUUAGAGAGGAUCAUGAAUCGAGGUUGAUUGUGCAUUGUGUAGUGGAAACAUUAUGAUACUACAUAUUUAUUAAUGAUAAUGAGAUUAUUAAUGGAUGAUAAAGAAGUCACAAAGAUGGUUAUUUCCCAGGCUGUGAGACAGUCUCCUGGGCAAACAGGUCAUUCAGCUAAAUGAGAAACAGUAGAUUUUCAAAAACAUUUCAAUAAAAAGAAAACUUAUUGAAGCGAGGUUCGACCUUUCUCGUUAACGAUGUUUGAGACGACAUAGAAACAUCGAGCCCAGCAGAUUUUGGUAUUUGAAUUGAAAACAUUUAUUGAAUAAAAAUUGUUUUUAAGCGUCAAUAAAACAACAAACGC